GGAGACUUUGUUGAAUAUCUGUUGUGUGUGCGUGUGUGCAGUGAUAGUCUAACAAAUUGAAUAGUAAUCCCAUAGAGUAAUUUUAAAUUACUAGAUGUCUAUCCUGCUACUCGUCCUUAUUUGUUUGUUUGAGUACCUACGUCGCUGGCACAGUGUGGCAAAGCUUCCACCAAACCUUCUUCAAGGAGAUGUGCUCUUGAUUUUUGCUCAUCCUGAUGACGAAGCCAUGUUUUUCUCACCACUCUUGAAUUAUCUACGAAGCAACAACGUCAUUUGCCACUUUCUCUGUUUCUCCAGUGGCGAUUCAGAAGGUAAAGGCGAGCAAAGGGAGCAAGAACUUUACGAAAGUGGGAAGUAUUUUGGUGUUACCAAGCGCAAUAUCAAAAUUGUAAAUCAUCCCGAGCUUAGGGAUGGAUUGAAAGAAAAAUGGUCUCAUACGCUUGUGAAACUUGAAGUGAAUGCAUACCUCAGAAAAAAUGGAAGUAUUUCUACUCUGGUCACCUUUGACAAGUUCGGAGUAUCAGGACAUCCAAACCACAUUGCGGUUCAUAAUGGUGUUCUAGGGUUAAAGCGUGGCAUGCCUCCUGGUCUUUUAUUCUUGCAGCUCCGUAGUCGAAGCAUAUUGUCGAAGUACACAGGAAUCUUUUCUGUCCUCAGCCCCUUACUUUUCAUGAAGGAGAAUCGUGAUCGGAGAAAUUUUUUUAUUCCUAUCCCACCAUUUUCACUUCUUUGUACUUGGAACGCUAUGAUGAACCAUGCGACACAGUUGGUAUGGUUUCGUUAUCUCUUUGUAAUUUUUUCUUCGUAUACAUAUCUUAAUGAAUUCACUGAGAUGAGAAUUUGA